AUGGCCCCGGAUCUUGAUCUCAAUCGCGAGGAUCGCGAAGACGCUCCUUUCCUCACCCCCGAACCGAAUACGCAUUUAUCAGCAUCUACCCCUGGCCCCGUCCUCCAUAAUGAACCAAAACCCAUUUCACAGGGUACCGCUGGCAACUAUGCGUCGGUACAGAAGAUCAGCUUUCGGCUGAAGUUGAUCUUAUUCUCAAUGAUCCUCGCGGUCGAGAUUGGGUUCUCCUUUCUCGAGGGCCCCCAAGUCCGCAUCUUCGAGUCCAUCGCCUGCCGACAAUAUUACUCCGUGGUCGAUCCGAGUCAGAUUGGCGCCAAUGGUCAAGUACCGGAGGAAAUGUGCAAGGGUGCGGAGGUACAAGCGGAACUGGCGGCUGUGAAGGGCUAUCACAUGUUUUUCGAUGGGUUAUUAUGCGCCCUCCUGGCUAUCCCUUAUGGUCUGCUGGCAGACCGACGAGGCCGCAAGUCGACUCUCCUCAUCGGAUUACCGGGAUUCUUCCUAAACUCCAUGAUCACGGUCGCUGUGAUGUGGUUCUCUGAGACUAUUCCUCUUCGCGCGGUUUGGUUAUCCUCAUUGGCCUGGUUGCUUGGAGGUGGGCCUGUCGUCACAUUUGCUAUCAUUUGGACGAUGAUGUCGGAUGUGACGACAGAGGAUGAAAGAGCCGCGCUGUUCUUCCAAUUUGCCGUCGUAUCAAUGGGUGCUGAAUUCGUCUCAAGUGCUUUCGCCUCAUACUUGAUGACGUUGAACCCAUGGAUCCCUCUUAGCAUCGGCUACGUGAUCGUUUUCGCAGGGUUGAUGUUGAUGAUUGUGCUCCCUGAGACAAAGCACGUGAAGCUAGCUCCCAAUAAGCCUGAGCCCUCGAAUGUGGAGAUGUCGGAAUUGGACCACGAUCAACCCGAACCUAAGCCUGAAUCGAGACCAUACCAUGACGACAGCGAUGUGGAGAUAGGAUCAGACCAUGGAGAACACAUGUCCUGGAGCUAUCCCUCGCGCCAGAACCUAUCCCUCUGGGGAAGAAUUCGGGCUAAUGUUCGAUUUUACGUGCAACCCUAUUUAUUCAUCUUGAACAGAAAGCCCGUUCUCCUUCUCUUGUCGGCUUUCUUGGUAUAUCGUCUUAGUCGUGGUUCAUCCUGGUUCCUAACCCAGUAUGUCUCAACACGAUACCACUGGACCCUGGCCCAGGCCAACUUGCUUGUGUCGUUCCGACCCACAGUAUCCAUCCCGGUGUUCUUGUUCGGCCUUCCCUGGCUGAAGAAAAAUUACCUGGAUCCACGACGAUCGUCCACGGAAAAAGAUCUCUUCCUUGCUCGUGGAAGUAUCGUCUUGUUGACUGUGGGGACACUGGGAAUUGGUCUCUCGCCUGUCAUCGGCACCUUGAUUCCUAGUUUGAUUUUCCAAACCUCCGGAUCGGGCUUCGUCUUUUUGACCCGCUCCAUUAUUAGCACCCUGGUGGAGCGAGACGAGACUGCUCGUUUAUAUACAGCGAUUGAGAUCCUCCAGUCUAUAGGCAAUGUGGUAGCCAGCUUGUCUAUCACGACGGUGUUCCAGGUCGGUCUUCGCAUGGGAGGAUUCUGGGUUGGAUUGGCAUGGAUGAUGACUAGCACAUUAUUCUGCAUGGUCGGAGCUGCAAUUUGGUGGUUCCGACUCCCCGAUACCCCUCAUGCUCCGGACUCUUUAUCAAAGCACCAACAAGCUCGCCUUCCCCAGCCGGGCUCUGUGAUUGCCUCCUCCUUCACCUCUCCUAUCGAUGCUGUAUACCUGGCCGCUAUCUUCGACCCCGUCUUCACAGCCGCCUACCCCAACACCCGUCAGGUUGAGCGCAUCUCCCUCCUUCAGGCAAUCCUCCGUCCCUUCGCUGCACCCCGAGCCCAACCAACACCGGGUUCGAAACUCUACGACCUCGCGACAUUGGUGGAAAAGUAUCCCAACCGACCCAUCGUCGUCUUUCCCGAGUGCACCACCACCAACGGCCGUGGAAUCCUCCCGCUCAGUCAUGCACUGCUUAGCGUUCCGUCCAAGACGAAGGUCUUCCCUGUUAGCCUUCGGUAUACCCCAGUGGAUGUGGUGACUCCAAUCCCAGGAAGCUACAUUAGCUUCAUUUGGACGCUGCUUAGCAAGCCUACUCACUGUAUCCGUGUCCGCAUUGCCGAGUGUGUUAUGAACAACCGUGGCUCAAUUGAUACCCCGCCUGCUCGAUCUACCCGCCAAUCGACUUAUAUUUCCAAUUAUCUUGAUACCCUCGAGCAGGACACGAGUGAAGACGGUGUCACAGCGGCUGAGAGGGCAUUCCUUGACCAUGUCGGGGAAUCGUUGGCUCGUCUGGGUCGUGUCAAGCGGGUUGGAUUGGGAGUGAAGGAGAAGCAGGAAUUUGUUCGAAUGUGGACUAAGACUCGUAGUACGUGGUGA